AUUGAAAGAACACACUAAUAUACAUAUCAAAAUUCCUUUCAAAAAGUACCUGAGUAUUAUCCGAGAAUAUCUAAAUCCUCGCUUUACUUCACACCCCGCAUCGAACAUCAACCACCUUCCCACUCUUGGUCUUGUGAAUUCAACGAGUACACAGAUCAGGACCGGGCCGCCGGUCUUGAUACCUCCUUACCAAAACAAUACAUUGUACAACACUCAAGAAACAACCAAACAAAACAAAAUGAAAAUCGCCACACUCCAAUUCUCCCCCAAACUCGGCGACACAGCGGGGAACAUCAAGCGGGUAGACGACCUGCUGAAAAAUGGUGGCCGCGGAACUACUCUCGGGAAAGGAAUUAGAGAAUUACACCCAGAUCUCCUGGUUCUAUCAGAGAUGGCAUUGACGGGAUAUAACUUUCCCAAUUUAGAGGCUGUUAAGCCGUAUCUCGAAGAGGCCGGGAUGGGGCCUUGUGGUGUUUGGGCGAAAGAGACGGCGAAGAAGCUGGGGUGUAAGGUUUGCGUUGGGUAUCCGGAGGUUGAGAAGGAUGGUGAGGGGGGAGGGAAAGAGACGUAUUAUAACUCGUUGCUUGUUGUUGAUGAAAAGGGGGAGAUUCUUGCGAAUUAUCGCAAGAUGUUUCUUUACUAUACAGAUGAGACUUGGGCUGCGGAGGGUGAUGCGGAGCGUGGUUUCAGACAUAUCUCGUUUUCUCGGCAGGGCGUUGAUACGCAGCAUGUGGUUGCUACAUCUUUUGGCAUCUGCAUGGAUAUCAAUCCCUACCGUUUUGAAGCACCUUGGACAGCAUGGGAAUUCGCUAACCGCAUCCUCGAUACCCGCUCGCAGUUGGUUAUUCUGUCGAUGGCGUGGUUAACGCAUUUGGAUCGCAAGGAGCUGCAGGCGCUGCAUACAAAGCCGGAACUCGGGACGUUCAAUUACUGGGUCCAGAGGCUCAUGCCGUUGCUCAGGCGGCAUAUGGAACACUCAAGUGGCCUUGGUGGGGAAGAUGAGGGGGAGAAGAGGAUGAUUGUUGUUUUUGCAAAUCGGGUUGGUGAGGAGGAGGGACAUGGGGAGGAUAAGGAGCCCGUGAGGUAUGCAGGGACGAGUGCUGUGCUUGGGUUCUCGCAGAGGGCUAGUUCUACUGGUGAAGAUAGUGGGAUUGAUGUUAAGAUUCUGUGCUGGGAUCUUAUGGGUGCCACAGAGGAGGGGAUUUGUUUUGCAGAUACAGUGGAGGAUCCAGAGAUGGUUUUUAGCCUCGUUAAAGGUGGCCAGUGAUGACUUGAAGGGUUGUGCUGUUUAUCCAACUAUACACAGAUAUCAAGUCGUGAUCACUUCUUCUCGCCCAGUCCAUACACAAGCUCCCUAAACAACUCUCUCGCCUUUUUUGUACUUCUCUGAAUGAAACCAAUUGAUCCACACAACGCGACAAUCUCCGCCAAGUCCCGGGACACUUUGAAACGGCAUACCCGGCGCAUACUACAUCGUAAUACUACUCACCCCAAACACCUCAAACGGCUUUUCUGCCACGAGUCUCAUCAGGGUCGUCUUUCCGGAGGCCGGUGUGCUGCGCACUCAGAUGAUAUGAUAGCAUUGGAAUCGCGCUACCAACUCACCAAGAAAUUCUGUUCGAGGGGUAAGAAA